UUUCUUGGAUGAAGCCCAGAGCAUGUGAUAAUCAGAUUACAGAAGUGUGCAUGUGUGGAUCAGGAGGGGGAAGCGCAGUUGAAUGAGGUACCAGGAAGAAAUAUGCAAGAAGGAUUUCCGAGCCGGUGAGAGGGAUAAAAUCUCAUUUGUCGCGAGUGAACUGAACUACUUAGGAGAGGAGACUAGAUUUUGUGGGGUCUGCAAGGCAAUGUCUCUUUUUUCUAUAAGCAUAAUUUUGGGGAUCCUGCCCCUUGGGUCCAGCCAGUUCCCUCGGGCGUGUGCUAACUCAGACAACUUGCGGAGGAAGGAAUGUUGUCCAACGUGGCAUGGAGACGGUUCUCCUUGUGGAGAGCUUUCGAACAGAGGUUCUUGCAGAGCGGUUCUUCUUUCAACUGCUGCUUUCAGCCCUCAGUUCCCUUUCUCCGGAGUAGAUGACCGAGAGGACUGGCCAACUGUGUUUUACAAUAAGACUUGUAGGUGCUCGGGCAACUUUAUGGGAUACAACUGCGGGGAUUGCAAAUUCAACUUUGGAGGACCCAACUGCAUGGAAAGAAAGCUGCGCGUCAGGAAAGACAUCUUCAAGCUGAGCGCCAGAGAAAACGACCAGUUCCUUGCCUGUCUCAAUUUGGCCAAAUAUACCACCAGCCGGGAUUUUGUCAUUGCCACUGGAACGUAUGCCCAGAUGAACAACGGUAGCACUCCGAUGUUCCAAGACAUCAGUGUCUAUGACCUUUUUGUCUGGAUGCAUUAUUACGCAUCUCGAGACACGCUCCUUGGAGGCACCAACGUCUGGAGGGAUAUAGAUUUUGCACACAAAGGUCCAGGCUUCCUUCCUUGGCAUCGGGUGUUUUUGCUCCUGUGGGAACGUGAGAUCCAGAAGCUUAUUGGGAAUGAAGAUUUCACCAUACCCUACUGGGAUUGGAGAGAUGCUGAAGGUUGUGACAUCUGUACAGAUGAAUACAUGGGAGGCAGACAUCCCAGUCAGCCAAACCUAUUGAGCCCAGCCACCUCCUUCUCCUCAUGGCAAGUCAUCUGCACCCAAUCUGAAGGGUACAAUAGCCGCCAAGCACUUUGUAAUGGAAUGAAUGAAGGACCAAUCCUUCGAAAUCCUGGCAAUCAAGAUAAAAGAAGAACGCCUCGACUUCCAACUUCAGCUGAUGUCGAAUUCUGCUUAUCUCUGAGGCAAUAUGAAACUGGGACUAUGGAUAUAAUGGCUAACUUCAGUUUCCGGAAUACCUUGGAAGGCUUUGCGAGUCCAAGUACUGGAAUAUCAAAUUUGUCACAGAGUAGUCUACACAAUGCAUUACACAUGUACUUGAAUGGUUCCAUGUCUCAGGUCCAGGGUUCAGCCAAUGAUCCCAUCUUCAUCCUGCACCAUGCCUUUGUUGACAGCAUUUAUGAACAGUGGCUCCGAAGACACAAACAUCUGCUUCAGGCCUACCCCGAGGCCAACGCUCCUAUUGGACACAACCGGGGAUAUUUCAUGGUCCCCUUCAUUCCUCUCUAUAGGAACGGGGAUUUCUUCAUUUCAUCCAAAGAACUGGGCUACGACUAUGAAUAUCUCUUGGAACCAGCCUCUCCCUUUCAGAUUUUCCUCAUCUCUCACUUGGAACAAGCUCAUCAGAUCUGGCCAUGGUUACUCGGAGCUGGUGUGAUUGGUGCCAUAAUAGCAAUGGCCAUCAAAGGACUUGUCGCAUUAGGAACUCGAAAGAAGAAAAGAAACACAGAAGAGACCCAGCUUUUACUCACAGAGGAAGAAAAUUAUCCGCACAUUAAGUAUCAGUCACACUUAUAAAACCAUCCCGGUGCAGACACCUAAAGCUAUCUUUGUGAUGAUGUCCCAAGGGUGCUUUUUCAAAAGGCAAUUGGACUUUGUUUUUCCUUGAAGAUGUUUCACUUCUCAUCCAAGAAGCUUCUUCAAAUCUGGCUGAAUGGGGGAGGAUGGAAGGAUUUAUAUUCCUUCUAGUUAUCUGGUUGUUAGCGCUCUUUCUGAGAGUUGUUGAGGCCACUCUGUGCCCUCGGGGUCACCUGAGUAGUGCAAAUGGUUGUGGAGCCUUCUUAGAACUGCUGAAAGAACUGUGUCGUAAACAGGAGCUAUAUGGUGUCAUUUCCUGUUUACAACCCAGUCAGGACCAUUCAGCAGAAUUGAAGAAGCUUCUUGGAUGAGAAGUGAAACAUCUUCAAGGGGAAAAAAAAAAAAGAACAGUUGCCUUUUGAAAAAGCACCUUUGGGACAACCAUGGCCUGGAAGAUUGAGAAUCUCCAUCAACAUCUGUGAUGACAUCUUUUGAGGAUUCCCAAACUUGGUGGGCUGUGUCCCUAUUUACAAAAUAUUUUUCUAUUCAAUAUUCCUCCUCCUCUACAAAAUAGUUGUCAUUAUGUGUGAUCUUUGCAUUAAGCCUCUCCGGUGGAUUUCAAAACAGGUCAAGAAAUGUGAGAAACCCUUAAUAAUCCCUGGGGAACUAUCGUUUGGAUCCCUAUCCUGAUGUCACUCCAUGUUAAACUUUGAGAAAAGACCAGCAGAUGACACACGAGAUCUGUUGGAUUCCAUUGACCCUGGCCUGUAAAUUCAAGUUAUUUUAAGGUGCUAAUUGAAAUUAAAGUCAUUGAAAACUGUCUAAUAGUCAUUCCUAAGCUGACUUUCAGGUCUCCUUUAUAUCUGCAACAAAGUUGGUGGAGUGGUGAUGAAAGGAUAAAGGUUUUCUUUUUUAAUGUAUGUUUGUGUUGUCUGAAUGGCGCAUAUUAUGUUGCAUACUAAGGCUUAUCAAGUGCGCAGAGGAAUAUGAGCUACAUAUUCUUCCUGUUCCAAAAGGCAAAUGGACUUUCUUGGUUUUUUUCUAUGAAAGCAUUUCACUUCUUAACCAGUUAUAAAGAAGCUUCUUGAAUGAGAAGUGUGUCAGAGCGUGCAGUCUUAUUGCGCUGAGAUAACCCAGGAGUAAACACAGUAAACAGUGGUCUAUAUUAAAUGGUGGUUUAUCUUACACUAUC